CUGAGAACAGGGCAGCGGAGGCUGCGUGGAGUCUCUUUCCGUUGCCCGGAGGGGCGGCUGUAGGGGGCUGGCGGGCGCGGUAGGGUGCGUGGGGAGACAGACGUGGGAGUGGCGUCGGGAGGCAGGAGGGGCGCGCCACACGCGGGCGAGGGAGCAGAGUCUGAGGCGGGUCUCGGCUGGGAGCCGCGGCGGGGCAGGUGCGGAAGGCCUUUAGCAAUGUUUGGGGCCCGGUGUCUGCUCCUGGCUCUUCGCCCUUGUUCCUCUGCUCCUUGUCCCAAGCCCGCGCAGGCUGCGAAGCGGAGGGUCCGCGAGGCACUAGGGGCCCAGGAGGUGAAUCGUGAUAUUAAAGUCCAGGGCUGGGUUCGUUCUGUCCGGUCCCAGAAAGAGGUUUUGUUCCUACACAUAAAUGAUGGCAGUUCUUUGGAAAGCCUCCAGGUUGUAGCUGACCCAACCUUGGAACAUAGAGAUCUGACUUUUGGAAGCGCGGUGGAAGUGCAAGGGAAACUGGUAAAAAGUCUUCAUAGGAUGCAAAAUGUGGAAUUGAAAGCUGAAAAUAUUCGUGUAGUAGGACCCUGUGAUACUCUGAUGUUCCCUUUUAAACCAAGAGAGAGGCAACCUCUGGAAUACAGCCGGCAGUUCCCUCACUUACGAUGCAGGACGAACACACUGAGCUCCCUGCUGAGGGUACGCAGUGAAGCUACUGCAGCGCUUCACUCAUUUUUCAAGGAUAAUGGCUAUGUGCACGUUCAUACCCCUAUAAUUACGUCAAAUGACUGUGAAGGUGCGGGGGAGCUCUUUCAUGUCAGGACAUCAAAUAAAGUACAGGAACCUGGGGAAAACUCCCAUUUCUUCAAUGUUCCUGCCUUCCUGACCGUCUCUGGACAGCUCCAUCUGGAAGUGAUGGCUGGUGCAUUUACACAGGUGUUCACCUUCGGCCCAACCUUUCGAGCCGAGAACUCUCAAAGUCGCAGGCACCUGGCAGAGUUCUACAUGGUAGAAGCAGAGAUGUCUUUUACUGAAAGCCUCCAGGACAUCAUUCAGGUUAUGGAGGAUCUUUUCAAGACCGCGACAAGCAUUGUGCUCUCCAAAUGUCCUCAAGAUGUUGAGCUUUUUCAUAAAUAUGUAUCUCCUGCCCAAAAGGGCAGGUUAGAACAGAUGCUGAAGAACAAAUUCAUAACAAUUUCCUAUACUGAAGCAGUGGAAAUUUUAAAGCGAGCUCCUCAGACGUUCACUUUCCAACCAAAGUGGGGCAGCGAUCUCCAAACUGAACAUGAGAAAUACCUGGUGAAGCACUGCGGCGAGGUUCCUGUGUUUGUAGUUAAUUACCCAUAUGAUCUCAAACCUUUCUACAUGCGGGACAAUGAAGAUGGACCUCAACGCACAAACGAAAGGGGCCUACUUCGAUUUGAUUUUGGUUAUCAGUCUGGUAUUUUUUACCCUCACUGGCAGAUGGCUGCUGCAUUUAGUGACCCUGCCCCUCUGCAACAUGCAUUCUGCAAGUCCGAGGUGGCAGCCGUUGAUCUUCUGGUACCAGGAAUAGGGGAGUUAUGUGGCGGCAGCCUGAGAGAGGAGCGACCACAUUUUCUUCAAUCACGCUUAGCGAGAUUAGGACUUGCAGAUGCCUACCAAUGGUAUCUAGAUCUCCGGCAGUUUGGAUCGGCCCCUCAUGGAGGCUUCGGAAUGGGGUUUGAGCGCUACCUGCAGUGCAUCUUGGGAGUGGAUAAUAUCAAAGAUGUUAUUCCUUUCCCGAGGUUUCCUCACUCCUGUCUUUUGUAGCUCCAUGGCUGACUCACAUGGACCUGUCUGCGCUGGAGUGUUUUCAGAAGAUUUUGGUGUUCAUCAUAAUGGUGAUUCUUUCAACCUGUUCAGCACCUGAAUCCUUUACCUUACACCAGACACAGAGCUCUGUAAGAGGUGAUCUAUGCAUACUGUCUUAAAGAGAACGCAAAUUCGUGGGAAGAAAGAAGUGUUCGGUUAAGUGGAAGUACCUUUAAGCCUCUGAAGCCAAUGUGUACUUUCCCAUUUUUAUUGAGAAAUGAUUUCACAUUCAACUGGCCAAGCAGAUUUACCUGUGUUUGUAACGCCACCCUACAACCAAUACGCGCUCCCAGUCGUUGUAUAUCAUGACUCUCGUCACUGCAGGAUCUGAUACAAUUUUUGAUAGAUUUUUCCUCCUAAUGCCCCUAGGUGGGUAGAGAAGAAUUUCUCCCCGUUGUGCAGAUGGGAACUGUGUGUAAAUUAAGUGACUUGUCCAAGGUCACACAGGAAACUUGUGGUUGAGUUGGGACUUAAACCCAGGCUCCCUGAGUUGCAGUCCAGUGGCCCAGUCUACAGCGCCACCCUUCUUACCUUACACAUACUGUCAUAAUCCUGACCUGUGAGCUCUCUGGGGCAGGGUUUUGUGUCUCUCAUUUGUAUAAUGCCUACCACAACGGACCCUAAGCACUGCUGUAGAAUAAAUAAUAUGUACAGAAAAGGACUUAAAAAGAAUUGGGUUAUUUUUAAUGACUACCAUGUAAAUAGCUGUAUGGAGUGUGCAGGAAAUGCAGCAGAGCUGAAAUAAUUUUUCUCCCACGCAGGUGAAAGAGAGUGAAAACCAAUGAUUAGAUAACGUUACUCUCUCACAGAUGUCACCAGUGUUGUGUGCAGCAGUUUUACACUAUCAAACCUUGAGUAUCCAAAAACUAUUUCUCCAGGCCAAGGCCAGUGCCCCUCAAUGUAUCACACACAUUGAGAAGUCCCUCUUGUAUCUACAUUCUUUUCAUGUUUGAUUAAACCAGUGUUUAGUGGGCAUUUGUUGGUAUAUAGCUCCCAGUGUACUCCAGGGAAUUAUCCCUCUACAUUUAGGGCCUGAUUCAAAGACUCCCGUUGACAUCAGUGGGCUUUGGGCCAGACCCUAAUUUUGUAAUUGCCCCUUGGUUAGCUGCAAGAUUUGGAAAAACUCCUUCAGUCAGACAGCUCCAUACUUGCAACAUUACUAAGUAGCCUCCAGAAGUAUAUGGUAUCCUUGCCAAAGUUAUCAGUAACUUAAACUCACAAAAUGGCCACACUGCCACAGCUGCAAUCUUAGAGGCAUUUGAACUAGUUCCCCAGCACACAGAUUGUUUGUUUGUUAUUGUUUAACAUUUAUUGGGCUGCCAUAAGUGACAGGAAUGAAGUGGGGAGUUGACAGCUCAAUAAGCAGGCAGAUCUGAAUGACAGGGCAGGGUAAAUGGAGAAGGGCCUUAAAGGCAAAGGUAAAGAGUUUACAGUUGAUGCAGUGGAAGACACAAAGAAGGGGGUGAUGUAGGCAGCCUGACAAGCCGGGAACAAUGAUUCUGGCAGCAGUGUUUUGAAUGGGCUUAAGGGGAGCAGUGUGGUUAAUACCAAGGCCAAAGAGGAGGAGAUCACAAUAGCAUAAGAUAACGAUGGCCUGAGCCAAGAGCAUUGACAGUCUGGACAAACAGAAAAGGUCAAACCUUUGAAAUAUUAUGUAUGUUGAAGUAGCAAAAGUUGGGCAUAUUGUUGAGAGAGCCAGGUCGAAGUUGCUGCCCGUAUUAAGGCUGAAGGCUGGUGAGUGGUGUCCAUGGUGAUGGAGAAACUAGGGAGAGGUGAAGGCUUGAGAUGAAGCGUGAGAUUGAUUGAUAGAUUUUGUGGCCGGAAGGAACCAUUAGAUCAUCUAGUCUGACCUCCUGCAUAACACAGGCCAGUUUAAUCCAAUUACCCCUGUAUCAAGCCCAAUAACUUGUUUUUCUAAAGCAUAUAAUCCAGAAAGGCAUCUGCUCUUCAUUUGAAGACUUCAAGAGAUUGUGAAUCCACCACUUCUCUUGGCAGUUUGUUUCAAUGAUUAAGCGCCCUUAUUGUUAAUUUUUUUUUGCCUUAUUUUUUAUUUGGUUUUGUCUGGCUCUGGUUCUUGUUUUGCCUUUCUUCACUAGAGAACAAGAUCAGAAGCUCAGUUGACCUUGAGGGCAAUCUGUAUCUCUCUGUGAAAGCUGUUGAAGAAGGAGGGACAUUACCAGGAUUGAGGCCCGGGUGGUGGUGCUGUCUGAGGGCAUGUCUACACUUACCUCCGGAGCGAUCGAUCCAGCGGGGGUCGAUUUAUUGCGUCGAGUGAAGACGCGAUAAAUCGACCACUGAGCGCGCUCCCAUCAACUCUGGUACUCCACCAGAGUGAGAAGUGUACGCGGAGUCGACGGGGGAGUGUCAGCAGUUGACCUACCCCAGUGAAGACAUUGCAGUAAGUAGCUCUAAGUAUGUUGACUUCAGCUACGCUAUUUUCAUAGCUGAAGUUAGGUAACUUAGACUUAGUCUCCCCCCCACCUCCCCAGGUGUAGAUCAGGCCUGAGGCGAGUAUUGUGACUGGCACUCCUGCACAUUUGAAAGUUCCUGUGAGAGCUGAACUGCACGUUAGGCCUCCUGGUCCCUACUCCCUUGCAGCCAGUUUUCUAGGUAUCUAGUGAGUGUGGGAGUCCUUUCCCUUCUGAGGCUGGCAUUGUUAGCAUCAUGCCUGUCAAGGUUCCUCCCCCACUCUGAUCUCUAGGGUACAGAUGUGGGGACCUGCAUGAAAAACCUCCUAAGCUUAUCUUUACCAGCUUAGGUCAAAACUUCCCCAAGGUACAAAGUAUUCCACCCGUUGUCCUUGGACUGGCCGCUACCACCACCAAACUAAUACUGGUUACUGGGGAAGAGCUGUUUGGACGCGUCCUUCCCCCCAAAAUACUUCCCAAAACCUUGCACCCCACUUCCUGGACAAGGUUUGGUAAAAAGCCUCACCAAUUUGCCUAGGUGACUACAGACCCAGACCCUUGGAUCUUAAGAACAAUGAACAAUCCUCCCAACACUUGCACCCCCCCCUUUCCUGGGAAAUGUUGGAUAAAAAGCCUCACCAAUUUGCAUAGGUGACCACAGACCCAAACCCUUGGAUCUGAGAACAAUGAAAAAGCAUUCAGUUUCUUACAAGAAGACUUUUAAUAAAAAUAGAAGUAAAUAGAAAUGAAGAAAUCCCCCCUGUAAAAUCAGGAUGGUAGAUAUCUUACAGAGUAAUUAGAUUCAAAAACAUAGAGAACCCCUCUAGGCAAAACCUUAAGUUACAAAAAAGAUACACAGACAGAAAUAGUUAUUCUAUUCAGCACAAUUCUUUUCUCAGUCAUUUAAAGAAAUCAUAAUCUAACACAUACCUAGCUAGAUUACUUACUAAAAGUUCUAAGACUCCAUUCCUGGUCUAUCCCCGGUAAAGACCAGCAUAUAGACAGACCCAGACCCUUUGUUUCUCUCCCUCCUCCCAGCUUUUGAAAGUAUCUUGUCUCCUCAUUGGUCAUUUUGGUCAGGUGCCAGCGAGGUUACCUUUUGCUUCUUAACCCUUUACAGGUGAGAGGAGCUUUCCCCUGGCCAGGAGGGAUUUCAAAGGGGUUUACCCUUCCCUUUAUAUUUAUGACAAUGCCAUAGGUACGUAAUGCUAGCAGGUAUUGCCAAGGAUGAGUUGAUUUUCCCUGGGAUUUCCAUUUGGUAUGUCAUGCAUUUCCCUCAAAUUUUAUCCUAGAAUAAAAGGAAGUUAAUUUAGAGGUUUGGGAAGGUCGUUCCUGUUGGAUGUAUAGUAAGUGAAGCAUGCCAAGAAUUUUGCUGGGUCUUCAUUUAGAAUCUGUCUUCAUUUACUGGUUGCAGCAAAAUAAAGACUUUUUCACUUUUGGAAGUAAGAUCCUCUUGAUUAUUUACACUUAGCAAUCCGUUCUUAAUGUAAACAUGCACUAAGGCAAGUUAAACUGGGGGCUUUUGAAUGCAGUAAAGAGAUUGGCUCUCAUGUCUGGGUCUCCAGCCCAGACACUACAUGCAACCACAAAGCCAGUCAGCGAGCCAUCACUGCCACAUCUCAGGUUUCUCAGCAAUCCAGCGGCCUGAGAUUAGACUUGAUACAUUUAAUAAACUUUGCUUGUUGUCCACAAAAACUGCAUGCAUAGAAACUGGCACAGAAUUGUGGGAGAGGAAUUUUGAAGCACUGCAAAUAACAAUAAUAAUAAUAAAAAUGCUGUUGAUUCUGAACACUGAUGUACUGAAACUCUUUCAGCCAAGAGCUUCUCCAUAGGAAUAUUGAACAUCCGGAGAUUCCAAGAAGGCUACAAACGUGAGGAUACUGUGUUUCUUCCAAACUAUCUAGAGAAGAGAUACUUUUAGAUUCAGUUUUAACUUUUAAAAAAUAAAAUACUUUAGCUUCCUCACCUCUAAAUAUUACAGGGGCCCAGUAAUCAGCCUGGGAGCUGGGGCCCAUCUAUCAUAAAGAUUAUUUAGUAUUUGUAUAAUGGUAGGGCCUGGCCGCUUCAGUCAUGGACCAGGAUCCCAUUGUGCUAGGUACUGUACAAGCACAGGACAAAAAAGACAGCCAUGGCCCCCAAAUAUUGACAAUCUCCCCAUGCAAAACUGCCACAGUUACCAAUGGCAGGAACACCUGCACUAGAGUCCCACUAGCAUAUAGGGCAGCUGGCAGGGGACACGGGUUUGGAACCUAUUCCCCUGCUUGGCCCAUAAUAGCUGAUAGUUGAUAGGCCAUUGGGGCCCAUUGGUUUUCCCCAGGAGUGAGGGGCUAGCAAAGCUCUAAUCAGAGAUCUUAAAUAUGGGUUUGGCUGUGGGCUAGUAUUAGGUGUUGUAGAAGGGGGAGGGGAGUUACAGAAGUGAUUUGUUCCAUGGGGGUUUGAGAAUUGUCAUGAGCAAAGGACAGACAGACGUUCCCUUUUAAUGGAUGGUUGUGAGGUUUGAAUAAAUAAUAAACGACGGUUCUGUGCCAUUAAAACCCAAUAUCAUUGGUUUAUGGCUGUGGUCUUUGCCUCCCCCGUAGACCAAAAGAGAAUUACAGUAGAACCUCAGAGUUACAAACACCUUGGGAAUGGAGGUUGUUUCUAACAUUGAAAUGUUUGUAACUAUGAAUAAAAUGGUAUGGUUGUUCUAUCAAAAAUUUACAACUGAACCUUGGCUUAACUCAGUUUAGAAACUUUACUAUGCAGAAUUAAAAUGCUUAUUUUAACCAUCUUAAUUUAAAUGCAGCAAGCACACAGACAUAGUUUCCUUACCUUGUCAAAUCUUCUUUUAAACUUUCCCUUUAGUUUUAUAGUCGUUUACACUUAACAUAGUACUGUAUUUGCUUUCCUUUUCUUCUUUCUUUUUGUCUCAGCUGCUGCCUGAUAGCGUACUUCCAAUUCCAAAUGAUGUGUGUGGUUGACUGGUCAGUUCCUAACUCUGAGGUUCCACAGUACAAAAUUGGACUGGAGGGGAAAGGGGAGAUAUUUUAUAUAAAGACUGGCAGUCAUAAUUUCCUAGCUCUUCCCAAAGCUGUGGAGGCCACAAGAGAUCAUUACCUCUCAAGGCUGAGCUUAUUGUUUUAUUUCAUCGUUCCUUGCAAAGCUGCACCUUUCAAAGGAUCAUAAAGUUUGAUUGUAUGAUCCAGAUGGGAGAAAGAUGUGUUGAAUUUCACUGAAGAGUUCUGUACCAGUUGUUUCAGAAGCAGGCCAGACAUGGGUCUGAGCAGGAGUUCAGAUACUGUUUAGCGGUUUCUACUCAAAAGUAUUAUUAUAGUUAUUUGUAUUACAGUCGUGCUUAGAUUGUGACAUUGCACUCCAUAUGUUUUAUGGAAAUAUGCUUAUGAGUGUGAAUAUGAUGUAACUGGAAUAUGUUUUAUGCAAAAGGUCUCUUGUAAGGUAUCAUUACAAAGGCUAUAACCUACUGAAUAUAUUUCUCCUAUUUGUAUGCAUGUAUCAUUCUUGUAUCUGAAGCUAGAAAUAUGAAGUAUAACUCUGAGGUCCUAUUGUAAUUAAUGCAACAUGUGGGCCAUUAAUGGUGGUUUAGAAUCUUGAUGGCUCCCAUUGACUAGGACAGUUGGUUGUAGAUGGUUUAUUUACCUGCAAACCUUCCUGGGUACGUGUGGAAUGGAGGCUGGAGUCUCACAGGACAUGUGAACAUGUCACCUGAUACUGGAAUCCAUCUGAAACCUGGUGCUUUUCCUUUUAGAAGGAGCGGUGGGGACCCAGAGAGACAAAAGAGUCCUGCCUUGUGCCAAAGCUAUAAAAGGGGGUGGAAUAGAACAAGGGGGGUGCAAAUUAUGAGAACGCCCCUGCUUUCCACCUAAGAACUAACAAGGACUGUAUCGGGGAAAGGAUUGGGCUCAGACUAGGAAGGCGUCUAGUCGAUGAAAGAAGCUUAUUGGAACAUCUCUGAGGGUGAGGUUUUACCGUUCAGUUUCUGAAUGUAUUAGGCUUAGACUUGCGAGUUUUUGCUUUAUUUUGCUUGGUGACUUACUUUGUUCUGUCUGUUAUUACUUGAAACCACUUAAAUCCUACUUUUAUACUUCAUCAAAUCACUUUUGUUUGUUAAUUAACCCAGAGUAAGUGAUUAAUACCUGGGGGAGCAAACAGCUGUGCAUAUCUCUCUAUCAGUGUUAGAGGGCGGACAAUUUAUGAGUUUACACUGUAUAAGCUUUAUACAGAGUAAAACAGAUUUAUUUGGGGUUUGGAUCCCAUUGGGAGCUAGGUGUCUGGGUGCUGGAGAUAGGUGACCUGCUGAGCAGUUUUUGGUUAAAGUUUGCAGCUUUCGGGGUGUGGACCACACCUGGGUCUGUGUAGCAGCAGGCUAGUGUGUCUGGCUCAACAAGGCAGGGUUCUGGAGUCCCAAACUGGCAGGGAAAACAGGCUCAGAGGUAAUCUCAGCAUGUCAGAUGACAGUCCCAAGGAGGUCUCUGUGACCGAACCCGUCACAGCAGGCUAGACAUGGGUCUGAGCAGGAGUUCAGAUACUGUUUUGUGGUUGCUACUCAAAGUAUUAUUUGUAUUACAGUUGUGUCUAGAUGUCCUAUCAGCAAUUAGGGCUCCAUAGGGCUAGAUUUUGUACUCGCACAUAGUAAGGAGACAGCCGUUGCGCACAUAGAGCUUGCAGUCGAACUAGACAAGGCAGACAAAGAGUAGGAGAAGGGCAAGAUUAGGUGUCUUUCUGAAAGACAUCCUCUAGCUCCACCAGAAGUUAUGGACUUGAGGCAGAAAUUGCUGGGUCUGUGCUAUGCAGGAAGUCAGAUUAGAUGAGCCUAAUGGUCCCUUCAGACUUUAAAAUUUUCAAGUAUUACUGUCCCCAUUAUAUAGUUGGAGAACUGAGACACAUAGAGACUAAGCACCUUGCCCAAGGAGGAAAUGUGUGGUAUAGCCAGGAAUUGAGCCAAAACCAGUUGAUUACAAGCCCUGUGUCUAGUCCACAAGAUCAUCCCUCUCCAUUUACCUUUGGUUUGAUUAUGCUGCUAGGAGCAAUGCUGAAUGUUUGUAACUGAUCUGGUUUAAAAUGUGUUUUGUCCUAUUAUAAUUUCUUGGUCUACGUUUUAAUUAUUUGUCUUCAGGACUCUUCUUGUUUCAAUAAGAAUGUGGCAAUACGUUUAAUAAUUUUUUAUUAAUCUUACAAUGAAAUAUUGUUUAGAAUAAUUGCUGCAAAGAAAAUAAAAAGUAAACUUUCAUUUA